CACUUAUUUUUACAAUUAUUCAUUUGUGUGUGUGUAGUUAUCUCGUGAGGUGUGUUUGCAGGUCACUCUCUUCCAGUCACACGUACAUACCCAGGAGGCUUAUUCUCACAGUCUUCAGAGUUGGAGCCUUGGGAAGUUCAUUCAUCCUUUCAACUGUCGUCCACUGAGCAUGUAUGCAGGAGGAUGGCGGCCUUUGCACACCUGUUGAAGCGACUCGGAUGGGCCGCUCGAGCUCAGGAGGUGACGGAGCAAGAGGUGGAGGAGGAGUGCAGCGUCCCGGGCGCUCCUUCGAGACUCCUGGUAGCGCCCCGGUGCUGGCAGAGGUUACACGGGGGUGCGGCGGCCGCAUCUGGCCUGCGCUUCGGAGCAAGCGCCGUGCAGGGCUGGCGCGCGCGCAUGGAGGACGCGCACUGUGCUCAGCUGGCUUUGCCUGGGCUGCCAUCAGGAUGGGCUUUUUUCGCGGUCCUGGAUGGCCAUGGAGGAGCGCGGGCCGCGCGCUUCGGAGCGCGCCACCUCCCGGGUCACGUGCUGGGGGAACUGGGUCCCGCGCCCCGAGAGCCCGAUGGGGUGCGCCAGGCUCUGCGUAGCGCCUUCCUCCACGCAGACGCUCAGCUGAGCACGCUCUGGCCUCGCUGCGACCCCGGUGGCUCGACGGCUGUGGCUCUGCUCGUGUCCCCGCGAUUCCUCUACCUGGCGCACUGCGGGGACUCGCGCGCGCUGCUGAGCCGCUCAGGCUCGGUGGCCUUCUGCACCGAGGACCACCGUCCCCACCGGCCUCGGGAACGCGAGCGCAUCCACGACGCCGGUGGCACCGUCCGUCGCCGGCGCGUAGAGGGCUCCCUGGCCGUGUCGCGAGCCCUAGGUGACUUCGCCUACAAGCAGGCACCGGGGAGGCCUCCUGAGCUGCAGCUCGUGUCCGCUGAGCCCGAGGUGGCUGCGCUGGCACGCCAGAACGAGGAUGAGUUCGUGCUCUUGGCUUCCGAUGGCGUUUGGGACGCUCUGUCUGGUGCGGACCUGGCGGGGCUGGUGACGUCGCGCCUGCGUCUGGGCCUGGACCCGGAACUACUCUGUGCGCAACUGUUGGACACCUGUCUGUGCAAGGGAAGUCUGGAUAACAUGACCUGCAUGGUGGUCUGCUUCCCUGGGGCCCCCAGGCCUUGUGAGGAGGCAAUCAGCAAGGAGAUGGCUUUAGACGCAGUCCUGAGCCACAAAGUCGCUGAGCUCUAUGCCUCUGCUCAGGAACCUCCAUGCCUAAACACGGUUUUCAGGACCCUGGCCUCAGAGGACAUCCCGGGCUUGCCUCCUGGAGGAGGGCUACACAGCAAGGCCACUGUCAUAGCUGAAGCUUACUCUAAACUGCAUCAGACCCCCGGGGAAUGUCAGGAGAAGAGGUGAGAUGGGUGGAAACCAUAGGCAACCACUCAAACCUUGAACUCAGAGGCCUGAGAGCGGCGGUCCUCGGGGGCAUCUUCGCAUCUCAGGGGAAGUCUGUGCUUCCCUAUCAGGAAAGUCAGAGGAAGGAACCAGCCGUGGGGGAACCCAGACCCUUCAUUUCCUCUUCUACUUCCCCCUCACCAGUCUCAUGAUGGGGAAUUCCACCAUCUCCCAACAGCAGAAAACCCAACCAAACCUGCUUCUUUUUCUCCCCCUUAAUAUUUAAAGCCAAGCAGAUCUUGAGUGAUCAGCAUGUAACCUGCCUUUCCUUUUAACCUGUGCUACAAGGAGGUAGUGAUAGACGUGAUGAUGGAAUUUUAUUUAAUAGAAGUAAUUCCAAAUGCA